UUCUCCGCGUAUCCUUGCUUGCAUCAAGAUGACUAGCGCACCGACCCAUGCCUCAAUCUUCGAGUCCUUCCUGACUGAAUUGGCAAAAUCUUUCGAGUCACGCAACGUCCCUGACUUCGUCGAUCUGUUCCUCCCAGCUGGGUACUUCAGAGAUGUUCUAAUCUCUCAUUGGGGGUAUGCGUCCAUCUCCAAGGAUUCUCUGGACAAGUUCUUUCAGAUUUACGGAGGACUUCCUAAUAUCGUCCCACGCUCGAUCAAGGUUGAUCCCAAGAAAACUUUGCCCCUCUUCAAUGAAGGGGUAAACUGGAUCCAGGGGUUUUUUCGUGUUUGAAACGGACAUUGCUCUCGGAGAAGGCGUUGCUAGAAUUCAGUCAGAUCCAAACACAGGGAGUUACCGCUUGUUAACAUUGUCGCUCACGCUUCAUCAGUUCAAAAAUCACACCCCUCUUGCGGGCCCAAACCGCCCACGUGGAGUGCAGCGUGGACCGGAACGCUCACCCCUCAAUUGGUUAGAUGAGCGCGGGCUCAUAUCCUCAUUCAGCCCUAAUUCCCCAACCCCCAAUCCAACUGUGCUUAUUGUUGGUGCGGGACAUGCAGGUCUCAUGCUUGCUGCCAGGUUGAGACGUUUGGGGAUUUUGACUUUGUUG